AUGUCGCUUCUCGACAGUCAUCUGGAGCAGAUCGCGCUCUCCUCCCAAGCUAUUGCAGACCUCCCAUUCCCCCCACCUCGCAUCUUCACCAACGCUCUGCUAGGAUCCCAUGAUAUUACAGCACUGAUUCGCGACACGGAGGCUCAUGAGCGAGCCCUCUUCCAGACCGAUCCCUCCGUGAAAUCCAAUCCCGCGCAGCGACGAUCCACGCGGCGUGGAACCACAUUGCCGUCGGAAGUCGAGAGGGAGUCCAUGGCCAGUCGCAUCUACUCGGCCAGAAAUAAUAAAAGCCAAUCGGCCGUUGCCAGGGUCCUCGGAUCUGACAUGAUGGAGGAGAUCAAGCGAUCAACCGGUACCUCCAGCCGGGGAACCCGUAACGAGGUCAGCCUCGAUGUACUACUUCGGGGAGCGGAGAUCCUCUGCGGUGUUUAUCCUGUUCCCGGCGCGCAAGAGAAGAUUACCAGCCUCCGCUACCGUCAUGAAUUGAUAACAGAGUCCAUCCUUCAAUUGGAAGAGCGUGUCGCCAAAAACUCGACUGAACUGGAACAAAUGAGCCACUCGUACGGAAAUGAGUAUGAUGACUACGAUGCGCCCCCUGCUGCACAACCCGAGACGGCCGACAUCACAGACGCCGACAUCGAACGCGAGAUGGAAGAGAUCAGGGAACUAGAAAGAAGGAAAAGAGUCCUGGAGAAUCGUGUUCACGGAAUGGAGCGCGACUUGGGACAGCUGAUGGGAAAUCAGGGGCGGUCGGCUGAUCAGCGCGAUAAUUCACGUUCUGGUUUCGGCGUUGAAAGAACCACCACGAUGCAAGGCUUCUUUGGCCGGCGCUCGACAGCAGUGCACGUGAGCCCCUUGAGCGAAACCCACGCCACCGCAAGGGAGCACACGUCGAGUCUAUUAUGGAUUGCAGACGAUAACAAGCUUCGCUCGGCACAGGCGUACACCACUGCGUUCACGGGUCUGUAUGCAAGAAUCAGUUACACGGCUCUUAUUCCCCUCGGUACCCCGGUGCUUGAGGUUCGAGGGAAACAUGCCUGGAUGCCUGAUGCCAAGACUGCGGCUCCGCGGCCCAUCGAUUCCUGCUCGACUCCAUCUGCACUCAUCAACCUCGCCAUCCUUCUCUCUCCCGUUGUCGGGGACAAGCUGUCUUCCAUCCAGUCGUGCCUUCCGUCCUUUCAUUUGGCCUCGUUCGAAACACGGAAAACCUCAAUCGAGAAACUUCUUUCGACGGAACCGGACGCGACUCGCUAG